AUGGCAGACUCUUCCACAGACCGUAAGUCACACAAACCAAAGUCGCGACAGUCGAUCGCCCAUAUUCCGUCGAGUAGAUCGUCUGCAUCAAGGGACAACGUAACAACAGACAUUGCUGCCAUCCAUGCUCGGAACAAUGCUGCGCAAGCUGCCAAAAAGCGGUCGCGUGGCAAAAGCCUUGGUCCUGGAGGUCUUGAAGCUCUAACAGAAACCACGGGCAACUUGACAAAGACGCCGGUACCCUUUCAAAUCAAGUCGAUCCUCAAACCCAGUAUACCUUUAACGCCUCCAAAGGCGAUUCCUUCAUUUGACGAGUUGCGCAAAAGAAGUACAGGGAAAGGAAAAUCACCGGCAAAGAAUGGCGCAGAGGAACUGCUCAUUGAUUUCUCGACACCAGGGCCGAACAUGCAAAAUCGUGGUGGCAUAUCGCUGGAGGGCUCAGAAAAUGUGGCCGACCCAUUCAGUCCCAUGACACGACAGUCUCCAGGUAAAUCGAAAGCUGCAAGUGCGGAGGCUCAGGAGCGCGAGCGCGAGGAAGAAGCGAAACGACAAGCUGAGAAACAAGCAAUCCUAGACCGAAGAGCAGCUAGACGGAAAUCGCUCGCAAAUAGGCGAGUAUCAUUUGCGCCAGAAGCCACGCUGCACACAUGGAGUGUGAUGGAACUUGCGGAGGAUUCUACUACAAGCUCGGCAUCGAAUUCGACCAGAAGACAAUCCUCCAUGACAGCACAACAGUCGCCGGUCAAAGUGAUGCCUUCUCGCGAUUCAUCUGCGUCUCCGUCGACGCCGGUUGAGCAGCUAGAGAACCCUAUGGAAACACCUUCCCCAGCACAUCAACGAGAUCUCCAUCAGCAGAAACGUAGGAGGAGAAGCAGCUCUACAGCUAGAGAGCCUAUGCUGGAUGAGUCACAGUAUGAGGUUUUCUCCUCUAGUCCAUCUGGAGAUGUCACCACGAAUAGCAGUCCAAUGCACGUUGAAGAUGGCAUAGAGUCUUCCGACGAUUCGGACACGGAUGGCGACACGGCCAUGAGUAUGGACGAUGAGACCUCUCACACAGUAAAUUCCCAGGAUUCGGGAUCGAGCACGCAUUCUAGUUUGGAAGGGCGCCUGAGACAGGCAGCAGCACAGGCCGGCACCGCCGGUGUAGACUACGAUGAGCAUGACGAGGAAGAUAUGUCCAUGGAGAUGGCCACUGGCACUGUCACCCAUGCUUUUCAACCUUAUGCGCGAAAGCAAGUCUCCGAAAUCAAGAACAGCGUCAAUCAAGAAAACGGUAACUUUGUUGGCGAGUCCUCCCGACAUGAUGCCGGACGGGAAGAUUCGAGUUUUCAAGUCGACGAUGAUGCACAGUCCCAAUCUGAAGAUAUGAGCAUGGACGUAACCAGGGCUGUCGGUGGUAUUAUUCCGCGACAGUCACCUGGUAAAACCAACCAAAAGUCCCCAAAAUCCCGUCGCAGAAGCAUUCACCCUCGCCGCUCGAUGGGAAAUGAAUCUUCUUUUGACGAAACUAUAGAAUUUACCGUGAUGCAAGGUGGCAUCAUUGGAGAAAGUGACAAGUCAGAUGCCAGUAUGACUCAAACCCGUUCGUUCGAUGAAAUGACCAUGGAGUUUACGAUUGCUGUAGGCGGGGUGUUGAGCAAUGCAGACCGCCGACAGUCUGACAUGUCAGAAGAAUUCGAGGAAAAUCAAACCAUGGACAUGACGGCAGCCGUCGGCGGCAUAUUGAUGCCAAUUGAAGAGCACACUGAACCGCAGACCGAUGCUGAAGACGAGCAGACAGUGGCAAUGGAGGAAACAAGGGCGGUGGGAUCGAUAAUCAAUCAACAUUCUCCUGCGAAGAGGCGAGUUACGAGACAGUCUGUCGGCAAUGCUUCUACUUCUCCACGAACCUUACCAUCCGAGAGGUCCACUGCAAAGACAACUCCUCAGGCGACCCCACGGUCAAAUACCAAAACCACACCAAAGACCACACCGAAGUCCCAACUGCAUCGGACUUCAGUUGCCUCCGAGACAGGAAGCCCAAGUCUUGUUGCCAAGCCACAGUCUUCUAGCAGAUCACAGCGAAGCAGUAGUAAAGCCUCAACGACACCUCAAGCACCGCCCCCAAGUACCCCUAUCAUGUCUCAUCGACGACCACAAGCUGGUACUCCAUCGCAGCAGAUUACUCCGCUUCCGGAGCAUGCACCGAGCCCCAACAAGACGCCUCUGUCUGCGAAUGUGCAACAUCGAGGUGCGUCACCAAAGAAGCUUUUCAAGGCCGAGAUCAAAGCCAGAGCGUCGCCAGCAUCGACGAGGAGAGAGGCAACUCUUAAGACCAACAGUUUGUUUUCUAGGGACGCAGAGACCGGACAACAAACACCUAGCAUAAUAUUGCGUGCCAGCAGACCUCAGCUACAGCGAAGAAGAUCAAGUGGGAUUGGUAUUGAUAAAGCUGGCAUAGGUUCCCCUCGAAUUUCGGAGAUUUUGGAUAGAAGAGCUUCGAUCGGCGACACUUCAGCAGAAUUCAAACUUGGGGCCAUCAAGCCGACGAAGCUGCGCUUUGAAGAUGCGGAGCAACUCGGACAGGAGGUAGAAUUGGAGCGGCAAGAAGAACACCGCCGAGAAAGCGGCCGAUUUGUGAUGGAACGAGAGGCAGAUGAAGCUCAAGAGGAACAGACAACUUCUCAGCUAAAGGAAAUGAUUGAAACCAUGUCCCCCCAAAAAUUGAAAGCCAGCAAAAUCAAAGGCAGGAAGAGUCUUGCUGUUGGUGGCGCCAAAGGUCUCCUGGGCAAGCGCCCAGCAGAGCUGGACAUAGACGAUGACGAAGAAGCGGAGUCGACGCCGAAGCGUCUGAAAGCUGUCUCGCGAGAAGGAAGCCCUGUCAAGAAAGUUCAUCUGCCCAAGCCGCCCAGCAAAGACGAGACGACUGGUAAAUUGAGCCUCAAGCUGCAGAAGUCACUUGCAGAGAUGGCAGGUACAGUCAGAUCAACGCCGACUGUCGAUGCUUUCCAAUUGGUAAGGGAAACAGUUCCAGCAAGUCCCGAAGCAGGAACGCGGUUCAGAGAUGUCGUGGCUACCGGCAACGAUAGGCCGACUUCGUUUGGGGACAAGCUUGACAAUGUGGUCGGAGCAAUCGACGUUUCAACGGCUCAAUUAGAGGAGGGUUCUACCUCAGCAGAACAGGAGAAGAUCUCUCUCCAAGACUUCCUGAACAUGACUAACAUCCACUUCAUCGAGCUUUCGACUACAAAGAGAAGGCAUACUCUGGCACAAUCUAUGCCUCAAAGGGAGUCGCAAGAAGGGACCACCGCUCCGAGCACUGAGAUGAACUUUGUUGCUGCCGCGACGACGCUGCCUCUGCUAGAACUCUAUCAGCAUGCUACCAGAGAGUUGAAGUCGUACAUUUCUACGGGUCGUAAGAUCAUCCGUUCUAUUGAGGCAGAAACAUUGGCUGAACAGCCACCACUUUUCCGAGAGUACCUGGAUGCGAGACCGGAUGUCAAAGUCAUCAUGGAUAAUCAAUUCCGAAAUGGAAAGGCAAACGCUCGCCUCCAGAGCAAAGAAGGAUGGUAUCAAUGGCGUGGACAGCUUGUAGACGGUCUGAAAGCGGGCUUGCAGGGAAUCAAGAAGGGCAUGGCAGCAGAUCUGGAGGUUCUACAGCAACAGCAGCGCGCUUUGGAUGAUGUAGUCCCGCAAGCAUUGCAAGAGCAGUCGCAACUGGAGACUCAAGCCAACUCUUUACGGCAGAGCCUCGAAGAAAUUGAUAGCAUCGAUCACGAAGCUUUGGAGGAUUUCCGCCAGCAAUUACGACAUGUUGACGAGCAAUUCCUUCAAAAAUCUGCUCAUCUAGAAGAUUUGCAGCAGCAGAUGGAGGAGAAAAACGACGCUCUCAUUGCAGCUGCAGAUUACAAGGCCGAGCUACAAGACCAAAUUGCAGAGUCUGAAAGGGUACGAGAGGAGAACAGAGGCGUGCCAGUCGCCGAAGUUUUGGCGCUCAAGUCGAGGGUCGAAACCGUUGAGAAGAAAACGGGUUGGCGUCUCCUAACUGCCGAAGAGGAUGUCGAUGAACCCAACGAAUUUGGGCCCGCUCUUGUGAUGGUGUACAAAGACGAGCUGCGUUUGUUCUUCCAUCCUCAAGCCUUCCAGUUCAAACCCGAACAGAGUGGACGACGUCGAUCAGGGAGAAAGUCUGCAUCCACGUCUGGCCCGUCUGCUCCGAUCAGUUUAACAUAUGCCCCCGACCAGGACGAUUCUCAAGCUGGCCCACCAUCAUUAUCUACAGAGAAACGGUUCUUCCUCCAAUUGAUUCGAAGUCAGCUUCACGCAUUUGCGAUGAUGCCCAAGGGCACCAUUACUGCAAAGACGUUGUUGUCUACGGUAUCAAACGGCUGGAGCCUGGCCUGCAGAGUGUCUGAAGAGCUGAGACUGUUGGGUUUGGUGGGCGUGACCACUGUUUCGAUUAUGGGUGACGAGAAACUAGGGGUCAAGGUCAUGCUGCUGUUGCCUUUUCGAGGCCGAGUUGAUAUUGAAUUUGCUGUCACGGUGACCAUAUUGAACGACGGCGAAAUCGUUGCAACCUCUGUCGUCACUGCUACUGCUGUUUAUGGUGGUGCGGUGAAUACCCUGGCUGGCAAGAACAGGAAGGUCCAAAAUGCUUUGGGCAAGGAAGUCGAGAGCCGACCUCUAGGUGACGGAGCGUGGGUCAGCGCGAUUCAUGGUUUCAAGGCCUGGGUCAGCGCGCAGGAGAAGGCGAAGGAAGAGAAGACGUCCAAGAAAGUCGAGGAGGUCGCGUCUGUACCUGUUGUCCCUGCACCUGUUUCGACUCAUGAAGCUUCAGCACAGGUUGUAUCUCCUUCUACAACACAACAACGACGACAACAACAAGAGCCACAUCACCCGCCCCCACCUUCGGCUUCAUCGCCUCUCCGGCGUUCUCCUCUCGCUCCAAAACGGACAAACGCGAUACAGAAGAAAACACUACCUGUGUCGAAGCAACGGAUCGAGAAAUUCAAUCUGUCUCGGGUUAAUGUCGAGAAGGAGAAUUUCAACCCCUCGCUCUCAACGUCGAGUAAAGGAAAUGCAGCGCACGACGGGAACGACUGGGACAAGGAGAUUUCGAGACCUGCUAUCCCGCCGGAGAUGCAGGAGGCCAUGAUGCAUACGCCCAUCAAGCGCGUUGGCGCGUUGAGGCGGAGUCCGAUCUGA